AUGCUGCCCAUUGCAGUCAACAGAGAUCUGUUGUCGCUCGUCUGUAUCAAUCCCUACCUUGCAGUCGCUCUAGCGAAGGGUGGCAUGGACGACACUCUGUACGGACACCACGACGCAGACGUCAAGACGUUGGUACCAGGAGGUAAACAACGAACGAGCUCAAUCGAUGCGCAUUCGAGCACUUGUGUCCGAGGAGAUGCAGCUGGUGGUGAGACUGAGAUCCUCAUGCGUCGCACUGUGCAUCAGUGUCCGUGGAGAGACUGA